CGAACCUGGUAGGAAAAGUGUUCGUCUCGACCCGAAAAGCUUCCAGAUCUUUUGAAGUUCGCUUCGUUUAAAUCAAAUGGCCUAUCCAGGAUACGGCGGGGAUGGUGAGAUCGACGCCGAGGAGCUUCAGAGAUGUCUGACUCAGGCGGGCUUCACCGGCAGCUACUCCCCCUUCAGCCUGGACACCUGCAGGAUCAUGAUCGCCAUGCUGGACAGGGACUUCACAGGCAAGAUGGGCUUCAACGAGUUCAAGGAUCUGUUCACGGCUCUGAACGGCUGGAAGCAGAACUUCAUGAUGUUCGACCAGGACCGCAGCGGCACCGUGGAGCCCCACGAGAUGUCCCAGGCUCUCGGGGCCAUGGGGUACCGYGUCAGUCCCCAGGUCCUGAACGCCAUCAUAAAACGCUACAGCAAGAAUGGCCGGAUCUACUUUGACGACUAUGUGGCAUGCUGCGUGAGGAUGCGGGCGCUCACAGAGAACUUCAGACGGAGGGACAGCAUGCAGCAGGGAUGUGUCAACUUCCAAUAUGACGAUUUCAUUCUCUGCACGAUGUCCAUCUAGUGCUGCCAUCUGUCCCACGUCCCGAGGACAGAGCGUCUGGGCCAGUCCGACUGAUCCUGGAUCAGUACCUCACAGGAGCUCUGACCGGAGGAGAGGGUGGUGGUCAGUGAUCCUGAACCAAGCUGCAGCCGGGACCAAGCUGCUGCUCCUGAUUGUACUGCUUUAGUAACGAGAUGUGCCGAAUAUGUAUCAGCUGCUCUCAUAUACUCACGCUUUUUUAUCAACGACUGAACUUAUCUUACUGUGUAAACUUCAGCAGAAAACUGUCCCCUCCACGUGUAGACCAGGAGGGUCCAGUCCUGGUUCUGUUCCUCUGCUUCACUGACUGAUUUACCUCUUCAACUUCUGCCAGAACUGUUCCUGUGAACAGCAGCCUGUUAAUCAUCCUGUCAUUCAGUGCAGAGGACCAGGACCAGGACUGGACCCUCUAUAUAAAACAUUUGAAAAGUCAUGUUUCAACAUAAAGGAAGUCCCAGAUUUACUGCAUUUAUUCAUGUAUAAUACUAGCAAUUUAACCCUAAAAAUCAUCCAUAAAGUGUGGGGAUAGUAUAAUACACAGGUUAUUGAUAAUUAGGUUUAUAUGCUUUGUAAGCUUAAAAAAUGAUGAUCGUAUUAUUCAUGAAUAAAUACGGUAGUUUGAGUUCCAGAAUGAA